AUGCGCGCCGAGUGGUUUGACCAUUUUCGACAGCAAGAAGGCCGAGAGGCCAUUGACUUGGUUUUGCUGCAGGAAACACAUGUGGCCGUUGGGGAAGCAGAUACAAUGAACAAGCUAUACCACCAAACAUGGGGUUUCGUACAGGAACCUGGGCGCACGAUCUGGACAUAA